UCUCUCCGUCCCCCUCCCCCAAAGUGAGGAUUGGGCAAUACCACAGAACCUCAGGAAAGGGGGGAAGAGCGAGCUUCGGCCCCACGGAUGGGGGAGUGGGCGGAGGCUGGGUUUCCCACCUCGGCUGCACCUGGGCACUGGAGGCUGAAGAGGAAAGUGAGAAUCUGAAGUUUUGAGACCUCUGACUGGCCGGGAAUAGCUCCUGGGGCGGAGGUCAAGGAUGGGACCAUAGGCGGAGCGAGUCCCGCGGUCCCCCCUGCUUCUGGCGCGGGUCCCUGCGCCCGGUUGUGGAGCGUCUCGCGCGGGGAGGGGGCGGGGGGAACGGCAGCUCGCGGUGUUGUUCACUCGCGCGUCGAGCACACGGUGGGUCCGGCGGCCGGUUGGCGCCCCAGGCGGCGUUCCCUGUGGCCUGGCGCCUCGGCCGCUGCCCUGAGCGGGUUCCGCCCCAGAGCCCGACCCUCCUGGGGUCCCUAGGUGGAGUCCCGCGAGCCGAGGGGGACCGGCGACCGCUGCCGAAGCAUGAAGAGGGGGUAAGGCGAGAGCCCCCAAGAUUUCACGCAUGCCCCCUAGCUUCGGUACUCUGACACCUUCUCUUGCACUUGGGGAUGAUGAACUGGAAUAACGAUGAAAGAAAGCACAUCCGAUCUCAACAUUCACGACCUGCCCUAUAACCGAUUAAUUAAUUGAUCCCCAGCUAGACUAGGUGAUACAAUCCAAAAUACAUAGUUGUGAUCAUUUAUAAGGUGAACUGGCACAAAGGUUAAUCUCAAGAUGCCACUAGUGAAAAGAAACAUCGAUCCUAGGCACUUGUGCCACACAGCACUGCCUAGAGGCAUUAAGAAUGAACUGGAAUGUGUAACCAAUAUUUCCUUGGCAAAUAUAAUUAGACAACUAAGUAGCCUAAGUAAAUAUGCUGAAGAUAUAUUUGGAGAAUUAUUCAAUGAAGCACAUAGUUUUUCCUUCAGAGUCAACUCAUUGCAAGAACGUGUGGACCGUUUAUCUGUUAGUGUUACACAGCUUGAUCCAAAGGAAGAAGAAUUGUCUUUGCAAGAUAUAACAAUGAGGAAAGCUUUCCGAAGUUCUACAAUUCAAGACCAGCAGCUUUUCGAUCGCAAGACUUUGCCUAUUCCAUUACAGGAGACGUAUGAUGUUUGUGAACAGCCUCCACCUCUCAAUAUACUCACUCCUUAUAGAGAUGAUGGUAAAGAAGGUCUGAAGUUUUAUACCAAUCCUUCAUAUUUCUUUGAUCUAUGGAAAGAAAAAAUGUUGCAAGAUACAGAGGAUAAGAGGAAGGAAAAGAGGAAGCAGAAGCAGAAAAAUCUAGAUCGUCCUCAUGAACCAGAAAAAGUGCCAAGAGCACCUCAUGACAGGCGGCGAGAAUGGCAGAAGCUGGCCCAAGGUCCAGAGCUGGCUGAAGAUGAUGUUAAUCUCUUACAUAAGCAUAUUGAAGUUGCUAAUGGCCCAGCCUCUCAUUUUGAAACAAGACCUCAGACAUAUGUGGAUCAUAUGGAUGGAUCUUACUCACUUUCUGCCUUGCCAUUUAGUCAGAUGAGUGAGCUUCUGACUAGAGCUGAGGAAAGGGUAUUAGUCAGACCACAUGAACCACCUCCGCCUCCACCAAUGCAUGGAGCAGGAGAUGCAAAACCGAUACCCACCUGUAUCAGUUCUGCUACAGGUUUGAUAGAAAAUCGCCCUCAGUCACCAGCUACAGGCAGAACACCUGUGUUUGUGAGCCCCACUCCCCCACCUCCUCCACCACCUCUUCCAUCUGCCUUGUCAACUUCCUCAUUAAGAGCUUCAAUGACUUCAACUCCUCCCCCUCCAGUACCUCCCCCACCUCCACCUCCAGCCACUGCUUUGCAAGCUCCAGCAGUACCACCACCUCCAGCUCCUCUUCAGAUUGCCCCUGGAGUUCUUCACCCAGCUCCUCCUCCAAUUGCACCUCCUCUAGUACAGCCCUCUCCACCAGUAGCUAGAGCUGCCCCAGUAUGUGAGACUGUACCAGUUCAUCCACUCCCACAAGGUGAAGUUCAGGGGCUGCCUCCACCCCCACCACCGCCUCCUCUGCCUCCACCUGGCAUUCGACCAUCAUCACCUGUCACAGUUACAGCUCUUGCUCAUCCUCCCUCUGGGCUACAUCCAACUCCAUCUACUGCCCCAGGUCCCCAUGUUCCAUUAAUGCCUCCAUCUCCUCCAUCACAAGUUAUACCUGCUUCUGAGCCAAAGCGCCAUCCAUCAACCCUACCUGUAAUCAGUGAUGCCAGGAGUGUGCUACUGGAAGCAAUACGAAAAGGUAUUCAGCUACGCAAAGUAGAAGAGCAGCGUGAACAGGAAGCUAAGCAUGAACGCAUUGAAAAUGAUGUUGCCACCAUCCUGUCUCGCCGUAUUGCUGUUGAAUAUAGUGAUUCGGAAGAUGAUUCAGAAUUUGAUGAAGUAGAUUGGUUGGAGUAAGAAAAAUGCGUUGAUAAAUAUUACAAAACUGAAUGCAAAUGUCCUUUGUGGUGCUUGUUCCUUGAAAAUGUUUGGUCAUUCUAGUGUUUUGCUUUCUUUUCCUUAUAAUAAAUGACCCUUUUUCUCCAUAACUUUUGAUUUCUAAGGAAAAUAUUAGCAUACAUUUCAAACUAAAUGUUUUACAGUGGCUUAUCUUUUUUUUCCCCCUGAAAAGACUAAUUUGGUCAAAUAAACCACUAAGUAUUAAGCAUGGACAGCUGUUGUUAGAGUAGCAGAUUCAGUUUUUUGAUAUAUCUUAAUUGUGUACUUUGUGAAUUUUAAUUUAAAGAAAGCAACUGAGAUUGAAAUCUUGAGGGCAGCUGUAUCUAUUAAUGAGCCUUAUUCCAUUUCCUGAUGUUUUAAAAGAAGAAACACUGCCUUGAUUAUACGAAUACACUCAGAAAAUACAUUUAGCUUGUAGUGUUGAAUUCUCUUAAAGGAAUGCUUGAAUUUUUUCAUUAUUGUUUUAUUGUUUUUAUAUACUUGCCUUAUUUGAAUGUUUAGCAGUAUCCCCUUCCCACUUAUAUAUUGUGUGAUAUGAUUUUGCUUGCCUAUAGGAGUUAAAAACUUUUCCAUGUGAAAUACUCUGACUUAAACAUACAUGUAACUUACACAACUGUUAAGAAUAACAGUCUGAUUUAAUAAAUGGUUCAUUUUAAAAGUU